AUGGUUCUUAUGUCAGACACGGGGGGCGGGCACAGAGCAAGUGCAGAGGCAUUGCAGGCUGGGUUCGAGCAGCUCUACGGAGAUGAGUACCAGGUGGACUAUGUGGACAUCUGGAGCAACCACACGCCCUACCCCUUCAACCAGCUGCCAAAGACGUACUCGUUCAUGGUGCGGAACAGCCUGAUGUGGCGCAUUGGCUACUACGGUCAGCAGCCACGGUUCAUCCACGUGCCUACACAGACCAUCUCCUCGCUCUUUGUCUCCAAGCAAGUUAGCGCGGCCUUUGACAAGUACCAGCCGGACCUGGUCGUCAGCGUGCACCCCCUCAUGCAGCUGGUGCCCCUGCGUGUCCUCCGCCAGCAGGCCAGGAAGGGCGGGCGCACACCUGUGCCCUUUGCGACGGUGGUGACUGACCUGACCACCUGCCACAACACGUGGUUCCACCCACUGGUGGACCGCUGCUUUGUGCCCACCGAGUACUGCAAGCGCAGCGCCCUCAAGAACGGCCUCAAGGAGGACCAGAUCACCGUGCACGGCCUGCCCAUCCGCCCGGCCUUCAGCGGCAAAAUCGCGUCCAAGAACUCGCUGCGCAAGAAGCUGGGCCUGGACAGGCACCUGCCCACAGCGCUGCUCAUCGGAGGCGGCGAGGGCAUGGGCGCAAUAGAGCAGACGCUGGAUGCCCUGGAUGACAGGCUGGGCGGGGCCUGUCAGGUGGUCGCGAUCUGCGGCCGCAACAAGGCGCUCAUAGAGCGGCUCCAGAACAGGGACUUUCCCGGCGGGUUGAAAGUGAAGCUUUGUGGCUUUGUGACCAACAUGGCCGAGUGGAUGUCAGCCUGCGAUGCUACCAUCACCAAGGCUGGGCCUGGCACGAUCGCCGAGGCGCUCAUCUGCGGCUUGCCACUCGUCCUCAAUGGCUUCAUCCCCUGCCAGGAAGAAGGUAAUGUGCCUUUUGUGGUGGACAACAAGCUGGGCAGAUUCGAGCGAAAGCCUGAACGGAUAGCGCGCAUCCUAGAAGGCUGGUUUGGAGACUCAAGGGAGGAGUUCCUGCAAAUUGCUGAGCAGGCCAGGAAGUUUGAGAUGUGCGAGGAAGCCCUUGAACCAAAGUUUCUGGAAGCAGCAACUGCUGGAUGUUGCUGA